AUGGCGGCGGGGACGGUGGCCGCGCGGGAAGGUAGCGAGGAUGCCUUCCGCCAACUUUUUCGCUUUUACCGUCGUUGGGAAGGCUCGGACCUGACGGGGGUGAUUGACUUCUCGAAGCCCGCCGCGCAGCAGGUGGUCAGUUCUCCCCUUGUUCUCUCUUCAGUAAGUGAUCAAGAUGCCUACACAGCAGGACUGAAGCCAGUUAGCUUGUGGAAAGCCUAUGGUCUGGCUAACUACCCAGGGUUUAUAUUUAUCCCAAAUCCGUUCCUUCCGGGCUGCCAGCGCCACUGGGUGAAACAAUGUCUCAAGCAGUACACCCAGAAACCUAACGUGUGCAAUUUGGAUAUGCACAUGUCUUCUAAGGAGACCACGGAUCUUUGGGGAAAGAGUCAGCAACAGCUGCGAAACAAAAGCUCCAGCAAACGAGAGCCAAAAAGUUUACUGGAGAAGCUGCGCUGGGUGACUUUGGGAUACCAUUAUAACUGGAACACCAAGAAAUAUUCAGCUGAUCACUGUGCACCCUUUCCAUCUGACCUGGCAUUCCUUUCAAAGUGGGUGGCUGAAGCUUGUGGGUUUCCAGGCUUCAAAGCAGAGGCAGGGAUCCUGAAUUACUAUCACUUAGAUUCUUCUCUGGGGAUUCACGUGGAUGAGUCUGAGCUGGAUCAUUCUCAACCCCUCCUGUCAUUCAGUUUUGGACAGUCAUCCAUAUUUUUGUUGGGGGGACUGAAACGAGAUGAAGCUCCUGUGGCCAUGUUGAUACAUAGUGGGGACAUGAUGGUCAUGUCUGGAUUCAGUCGCCUGCUAUACCAUGCUGUUCCCCGAGUUCUGCCCAAUCUCGAGGGGAGACCUCUGCCUUCUUGUCUGGAGCUGCCUCUGCCUGCUGACCUUCCUAUUGACUCCGUUAUUGAGCCCUGCUCCCAAGAUGAUUGGCAGGUCUGUGCCAGGUAUUUGGAAGGUUCCCGAAUCAAUAUGACUGUCAGGCAAGUUCUGGCUGAAGGCCAGAGCUUCCCAACUGAAUCUGGGGUGGAGAACAAACUGGAUGCUCUUUCCAAAGGGUCCUAUCAUGAAGAGAACAGUGAAAUCAAAAGACACAAACCUGAUCCAGAUAGCUGAGGCUACCUAGAAGACUUCGUUUCUUCCUGUGGUGACCUACUGUGAGGCCCAACCCAACCUACAGCCACUCCCCUGGACCCAGGGAGGCCCAAAGAUGCCAGUGAAGGGGCUUAGAGGUGAUGCAGAGUUGACCAGAAGUCAUGACUGGCAUCCCCGUUGCUGGCUCGUCCAGAAUAGUGGCAGGUGGAUUUUGUAAUAGAUCCAUCUCAUGAUCUGAAGGCAUAAUGAUGGAGCAACCCAACUGAAGCUAAGCUAGUCUGGACCUGACUAGGGCCUGUUUAAGAGACCCCGUGGGAACCACAAAAGAACUGUCAAUAACAAACCACAUUUUCAAUUAGCUUGAAAUUACAAUGAACCUCCAAAAGCAUUGUCUGCAGCCACUUAAGGUACAUCCCUGCCUGGAAGUCAUUGGUUUACCCUGAAUACUUCUCUGCUGGAGUCAUGCUGUGUCAUCUAGAUACUUGCUGUAUGCCUCACAAUGUGUUUAUUACCCUUUGACUGGUGCAGAGGGUUCAUUUUGUGAGGGGGGGAUGGGGCUCUUUCUUUAAAACACUCUCAGUUCCUGGAGCAAAAUAAUUAGGGAUUGUCUAGUGAUUUUUUUUCUAUUCAUGAUGUCCUUUUCUCUCCUUUUCCUGUGAAUACUGAAACCACCCUGCUCCAAGUGUCAGGGCCUAUUUUGUUCCCUGCAUAAUACAAUCUGUGCAGCCUGCCUCCUUUUGGAGCGGACUGAAGAGAAUUACUUUACAAGCAGGAACAAUGAAGUUGUAGACGAAGCACCCAGGAAGAAAAUUAAUCAGCGACUAUCUCUACUGCCCAAAAGGUAAAUAUAUUGAAACAAAUAAGGACAACACAGUCUUCUGUGCCCAUCUGUUUUAGUAUUCCAACGUCCCUAUCUGGUUUUUAAUGCAAUUUUAAUUGCCCGAGUGCAGUGCUCUGUCCCUGGGGUGUUUUGCCGCUCUUUCCCCAUGAAUAAGCUUACUCUGCUUUAAAUUAAAGAUCCCUAUCUGUCUUGGAGAGCUCCCCCCCCCCCAUCUCCUGCUUAGUUAUUUUGCAGUAUUGUUCAUGCUGCUUGGAACAGCUCUUUUCACUUCUUUCUUCUGACUGUGUUCAGUUCUUCUGCCCCUAAUCCACCACUACCACGGUGGGACAGACAGUAUCUGCUCACUUUUGUGGAACUACUUGCUUUAAUUGAAUGGUUGGGUUUUAUUGAACAGAGUCUGAAGUGACUUUGCCACAAUGUAUCUUCGUAAUACUAUGCCCUGGUGUGAAUUUGGUCGUUGCCAAUAGAUAGAUAGGCAGGCCAGUUGCUGUUAGCAUAGUUGGAUUUGCAGUGGGAUAUGCACCCAGGCACGAGUCCAUAAGAUUGCAUCAUUAGGAAUGUAAAGCCUUUGUGGGGGUGGGAGGUUUUUGUGAGCCAAAGAAGAGGGGUAGGGAAGGAUGAGACUGUAGUUCAGAAGAUCAAUGAUUUGUUGUUGGUCUUUCUGUGGAAGCAUGUGAAAGCAAGAUCUAGCCAUUUUCCCUCUUGUCUGCCUUAGAAUCAGGAACAAGGUCAAGAUCUGAGCUCGCGUUAUUGCAUUUUCAUUAGGGUUUUUUUAGUUUUAUAAGGAGGAAGUAGGGUUGGCCAUGGUCAGAACUUGGAUGAGAGACCACCAAGAGAGAAUGGAGUUGUUAUGCAGACAGACACGUAGAGGCAAUGGGGACAACCGGGCCGGCUUGUCCUGGGUGCUGCCAUUGCUGUCACGUGUCGGGGGCGGGGCAGGAGGGGGCGUGCGGGCAGCUCAUGCCCCAGGGUCAGUUCCCCUUCCCUUCAUCACUGUGUGCAGAGGAAAGCAAUGGCAAACCUCUCUGCUCCUCUCUGGGCUUGAACACUAUAGUUGGAGUCAUUGUGACUUGGUUACAACUCAAUGGCAAAUUGUCUCAAGUGUUAGAACGCACACACCCAAAACAUGGGUAUUAAAUUUCUCAUAAUUAUUAUAUGUCACUUGGAAGGUCAUAACAUUUGGCAAAUCUUGGUAUUAUACAUAUAAAUGCUACAGUAAGUAAUGUGCCCCCAGUUUCCUUUUGCGAAAUAUGCAGGAAAUCUAUUCCUGUUUCUGCUAUUUGCAAAAAAAAAAGUAGGGGAUAUUUCCAAUUAACAGCAAGUCUGUCUUUGGAACUAAGACAAUCUAUUAAAUUCUGCCAAGAGAUUAGGAAACUUCACCCUCUCAGAGUGUAUUUUAAAACUUUGCUCAUCAAAGUGACUGCCUUAUCAAUUUUGUUGUCCUAGUCUUAAUUCUUUUUUCUUUUAUACUGCUAACUGAAAUAAAUUAAUUUGCUAGAUAAA